AUGCCUCCCCGGACCCCUAUAGCACCAACUAACCCUCUGCAACGCCCGCUCCGCGCUCGGUCCAUCCACCAAACCAUCUCCCGCCAGCAACUCUCCACCACCCCACCUCCACCCCCACCUCCAUCCCACCCCAAUUCCUCCCGCCUCCGCACACGCCUCCAAACCUUCAACAACCGCCUCCCCCGUUUCCUCAGACUUUACACAACCCCUCUUCUCAACGCGCCAGUCACACACGUCACUUCCUUCCUAAUCCUACACGAGAUCACAGCCGUAGUACCACUUCUAGGUUUGACGGGGGCAUUUCAUUACGGGGGCUGGAUUCCAUCGUUAGGAGAGGGGAAGGUAGAUGAAGGGGUGCGAAAAUUUGGGAGGUGGUUGAGGAAGAAAGGGUGGGUUGGAGCGGAAGCGGAAGCAGAGGCGGAAACUGUUGUAGAAAUGGAGAGAGAUUUGAAAGGCAAGGCUUCUGAGGGGCGGGUUGGGCUUGUUGAGUGUAGGGAUAGAGGG